CCACCAGCAGGAGGCGCUGUAAUACAAAACGUUAAACUGUAGUGUUGGUUUCCUGGCCUGCACACUUCCAUGAUACAUUCUGAGGAAUCGGUCACGAUGGAUGUUAAGAAAAAGACCUUCUUGGAGAACUUGAGGCUGAAAACCAAGUUGGCCAACCUGAAGAAGCCCCGCAAGAAGCCGCUCGCCAAGCAGGGGAGGAGGCUGGUCCAUCGGCGCAGUAUAUCUGUACCAGACUUAAGGUUUGUGCCAGGUGAAUCAUACACAGACAGCGCCUUGGGGUCCACUGCCUCAGAUGCCAACUUCUUUGGCAUCUCUCCGGGUGUGAGUGAUAAUGAUUCAGUUUCAAGUGGUUUGACUGCUGAUGGACCAAUUUUCAUGAACGAUUUUACCCCAGUAACUCAGAGACUCAAAGUUCCCAGGGAUCCCACUGUGGCUGCUUUCAAUAGAGCAAGUGCACCUGCAGAAUCGUUCGCCCUGUAUGAGGACUUCAGAGAAAGGAUCCAUUCAGAGAACAAGGUAAUGACAGACAGCGUUGAUGCCCCACCAGAUAGAGAAGCCGAGGGGAAUGCGCUUAAGUUUACUUUUGACCCUAUUCCUGCACCAAGAUAUGUUCUUUCACCGAGACAAGACAGAGUGGAGAGGGAAAGUCACUCUGCUGAAGACUCCUCAACAGACAGGGUGCCUUCAAGCGCUGUUGUUGCAGCGAUUGCCAGAGCGAGCUCACUUGGAGAACGAGAAAGCCCUUACCCAGAAAGGAGGCCCGCAUCAUUUGAGCCGAAAAGGCCGUUAUCUGGAUUAGGGACGCCGCCAAGAAUCAGAGACAAAUCUGCUGCAGAAAAAUUGUCUCUGGUGUUGGAUACUCUGGAAAAUACAGAUGGUACCUCUCCGGACUCUGCCUGUGGCACUCCUAACGAGGAUCCGGUCAACAUGCCCUGGACGACAGACUCGACAGAGGAACUGGAACGAGAACCUUACUCCCCCCUUUUCGUUAAACAGUUUGAGAGGGAGGAGGCUUGGCUGGAAGACGCCCAGGAAGAAAUUGAGCUGUCCAGUGAGCCCUGUGAUUUGUUCGAUGAAAAUCUGCAAGAUCCCCUGGAGAACUCUUUGCCAGCAGGGCCUGAGUUUCAAGCACCCCAACCAUUCCAGAGAUAUCUCCUGGACAUCAACCUAAAGCAGGGGAAGAACCUGGUCAUCCGAGACAAGCGCUCUGGUACCAGUGAUCCUUAUGUGAAGUUCAAACUUGAAGGAAAGCAGCUUUAUAAAAGCAAAGUGGUUUAUAAAAACCUGAAUCCACGGUGGAACGAGUCCUUUAGCUAUCCUCUUCGUGACAGGGAGCAUAUCGUGGACGUCCGGGUGUACGAUAAGAAUCGGACUGCUGACGAGUUCAUGGGCUCCAGCAUGAUUCCUCUUAAAAAUCUUGAACUGUACAAAACCUAUGAAUUGGAGCUGCAUCUUGAUGAUCCAAAAAGUAAAGAAAAUGACAUGGGAGUAAUUAUUGUUGAAGUCUGCCUAAUGUUUCGAGAUGCCACCGUCAAAAGAAGCCCUAGAUGGCCACAGCGAAAGAACAAGCAGAACCAGGCCCCACCAGCUCAGCGGCUGGCCGAAACGCACAAGAAUCAGCUGAAAAACCAGACGUGGACUGGGGUGCUCAAUAUCGCCUUAGUGGAAGGACAGGACCUGCCUCAAUACGGCAACGGGGACGUUUACGUCCGCUUUCGCAUGGGUGAUCAAAAGUACAAGAGCAAGAGCCUCUGCAUCCAGGCCAAUCCCCAGUGGAGAGAGCAGUUCGACUUCAAUCAGUUUGAAGAUAAGGAACAUCUGCAGGUGGAGGUCUUCUCAAAGAAAGGGAGGAAGUGUGAGGAAUCAUGGGGGAUGUUUGAGAUUGACCUAUCGAGACUUCCACUUAAUGAGAGGCAGCUCUACACUCAUGUCCUGGACCCUGGAAAGGGCAGGCUGGUGUUUCUGGUCACCCUGAGACCCUGCUGGGGAGUCUCCAUCUCUGACACUGAAACAGCUACCUUUGAGAAGCCUGAUGAGCGCGACAGCGUGGUGGAGAGAUUUAGCUUGAAGAAUUCAUACAAGACAGUGGGGGAGGUUGGCUUUCUGCAAGUCAAGGUCAUUAAGGCAAAUGAUCUUCCUGCAACAGACCUCAAUGGAAAAAGCAACCCCAUAUGUGUAGUUGAGCUUUCAAACGACAAACUUCAAACUCAAACUAUCCACAAGACCCUGAAUCCAGAGUGGCACAAAGCCUUUACCUUUCCAAUCAAGGACAUUCAUGAUGUGGUCGAGUUGACUGUCUUUGAUGAAAAUGGAGACAAAGCCCAAAACUUUUUGGGGAAAGUGGCCAUUCCAUUACUGACUGUCCAGAAUGGGCAGGAGAUCUGUCUGUUCUUGAAGAAAGAAGACCUGGGAAGUGUCUCAAAAGGAACUAUCACACUGGUGCUGGAGGUUAUUUAUAACAAAGUCAGAGCUGGCAUCAGAACCUUCAAACCGAAGCAGUCAAAACCAACCGAGGAAAAUGUGAAGUUUUCCAAAAAGGUUCUCGCCCAGAAUAUAUAUCGGGUUCGAAAAAUCAGCACAGCAGUUCUGUACACGUUACAGUACAUUAAAAGCUGUUUUCAAUGGGAGAGCACGCAACGGAGUCUAAUAGCCUUUCUGAUCUUCCUUCUGACGGUGUGGCACUGGGAGCUCUUCAUGCUGCCCCUGUUCCUGCUUCUGCUCAUUGGCUGGCAAUACUUCCAGCUCACCGUGGGGAAGGCCAGCUCCAACCAAGACCCGGUGAACAUAAGCACGGGUGAUGACGAAGAGGAAGACGAGAAGGAAUCUGGGAAAAAGGGUUUGAUGGAUAAGAUACAUAUGGUGCAGGAAGUUGUUCUUGUUGUCCAGAAUGUUCUGGAUGAAAUUGCAAACAUCGGAGAGCGGGCCAAGAACAUAUUCAACUGGUCUGUUCCAUUCUUGUCAUGCCUGGCUUGCUUGGUGCUGUUUGUGGCAACAGUUUUGUUAUAUUGUAUCCCACUGCGAUACUUUGUGCUGAUCUGGGGCAUUAACAAAUUUACCAAGAAGCUGCGCAACCCAUAUACUAUUGACAAUAAUGAAAUACUGAAUUUCCUCCAGAGGGUGCCUUGUGAUGUUCAAAAGGUGCAGUACAGCGCGCUGAGAGCGCCCACCAGCCAGCCGCGAAAGAAAAAGUAAGCUGCACAGACAUGCAGGAUGGAGGGCUGCUCUCCCUUUGAGUAUGGUACGAUGCUGUCCACCUGACAACAAUGCUCCAGUGUCAGCAGAGCUGUGACCCCACGCACCCCAACGUACCACCCUAACUCUGCCCCCUGCUGCUGAGGGGCAGCCAGCCGCUCUCUGGCUUGUGUGUUUGCCACCCCCCUGACAGAGGCUGUGAACUGCAGCAGCUAGGGGGGCAGCACAUGGCGCUGUCAAUCACAAGCCUGGAGGUAAAGAAAAGAAAGGCUCAGCCUUCAUCUUUGGAUAUAGUUUAGAAAAAGAAUGAGAAGUGUCGGGUUUAGCUUACCGUAGACAUCCUCUCUUAAGUUUUGUUUUUAACUCGAUGAAACUAAGAAAUUUGCCUAAAGGUUAGGUUUGGAGAAAAGUUUAUGUUAAACAGGCUGUGGCAACAUUAUCCACGUGUUAAUCAAAUUUAAGGUCAUAAUGUUACAUAUAUUCCUUAAGACUUGUGAAUAAUAAUCAAAAUAAUGUUUUUCUACACCCUUAUAAUAUCGCAUCAGAGUACAGUAUGUUACUAUUCUCAUUGAUUUAAUGUAUAUAAUUCUGUCAGCCUCUAUAUAUUUAUUGUAGUAAUCUCAUGCUGACUUUUUUUAAGUUUUUGUAUUUCAGACUGAUUAAUUUGAGUUUCCUUUUUGCAAAGUAUCAAAUCUUCAGCAUCAAAUUGAGACCUCUAAAAUCCCAAAUAAAGAGUCUUGAUCAUUUU